CUCAACGUAACCUUGACUCACUCCGAGAUCAUCCUGUUCUUGCUCAAGGACUCGAUUUCAAAGACGUCAUUACCUGUUUGUGCAAGGCUGCGGAUCGCUGUAGCACCUUUUCUCCAUGUCAUCCCCUCGACCCCUUGCAGAGGCAGAGGGGCAACCCUCCUUCCGGCCUGCAAAGCGACCCCGGUUAGACCCAUUGAGCGCGCGAUUUGAAACCCGUCAAGAGAUACCUGAGCAGCAGGAAUCCGAGCCUGACAAAGAGUUUGACGCGACUACUCGGGUCGUCUUGGCACCUCCAUCACCUGCUGAAUCGUCCAGCCAACAAGAUGAAUCACAAUGUGGAGUCAAGUCAACCGUUACUUUUCAAGAUGGCGACCAAAGCAUGAGAGAUACGACCUGCACUUCGUCUUCGCUUAACCAAAUGGCCAUGGACAUGCUCGAAGAUGAGCUCACGUGUGGCAUGUGUGCCGGAAUCUACAUUGAUCCGGUGGUGCUUCAUGAAUGCGGUCACAGCUUCUGUGGCAGCUGUGUUCGAUCUUUGAUAAAGUCUCUGCCGCCCAUGACUGCUCCGGCAUUUCCAGGAGAUCCUUUGCCGAAACCACCCUCAUGUCCUCACUGUCGUCAUGCGCCCAUCACAGAGGCUCGCCCGUCUCGGCUCGCCAACGCUAUGGUCCAUAUUCUACUCAAAUGUAAACCAGAGGCUGCCAGGCCAGAACGAGAAUUGCAGCAGGCUCGUGAGAUUUACACAGCAUCGAUGGGUGCUUUGAAAUUUCCUAUACCGCCGACCCAGUCAUACUGCCGCGAGAGCGAUUACUGGAAACCUUGUAGAUCGUGCUACCCCACCGUCGAGGGUGCUUGGAAGUGUUCUAAACCAAUUCCCCGCCCGCAUAUCCAGGAGGAAGCUUCGAGAUGCGUGCUCAGAAGCGGUUUCUGUCCCGACGGACACAACCUCUGCUCGAGCUGUGAUCAGUUGUGUCCCGCCGAUGGACCAAUGAAUUUGAAGUGUGGAAUAUGUGGAGAUGGGUUUUGUGGAGAUAGCAAGUCUUCCGUCUGCACCUGUGUACCAUUGGCGCAGGCGAAGCCGGCUGCUCAUUGGAAUCUGCUACAACUCUGCACAGAGGAUGCCGUAUCGGAGCUCAUGUCAACGAUUUUCAGGGAGAAUUGGACUGAGAUCAAACACUUGUCCGCGUAUCUGGCGAGCCUACCUCUCGAGGAGCGCAUCACACCCGGAUUCAUCUUCUCUGAGGUUCUCACUGCAUUUGAACGUCCAGACGGUCCCAAGUCGAUCACCGAUCCACUUGUACCAGUGCCUCAAUUCGGAACACUGAAGGACGAGCGGAGUUCGUUGAUCUGCGGUUCAUGCACCGACAAUCUUUUCUGUUCUGGGCUAUACGAGUGGUGGCUGAAGGAGUAUGAGAAGCCGGAUGUGCGGGGCCGACUUCCAAAGGCAGUCCUGGAUCGUCCCAAUUGUAGACGAGGGCGACUCUGUUCACAACAGCAUCGGUCGAGUCAUGCUGUGACCAGAAACCACAUCUGUCAGCCGGUCACUGAUGAUGAAGACGACGAGGAGGAUGAUGAAGAUGAACAUCAAUCCAGUGACUACUCCGCUGAUUCGUCUAGCGAAUUCUCGUCAAGCGAACCGAGGCAAUUCGCCGACAACGACGUUCAGAACGAGUCGGCAAACAUCGCUGUGUAUGAGGAAUCGAAGAUUACUGUCGCCGGCACCACGGACGCGGACAUGGACAGUUCGGACGAGCAGCAGCCCGUCGUUUCGAGCCAGAUGCGCGAGCCGGCAACGCAUCUCGACAGCCCGAUCAAUGAGCCGACGAAACCUCCGACGGAGCCGAGCCCUGCUCAAUCCGGUCCUAUCAGCUCAUGAUCACUCGCAUUGGCCUCCCCUAAUUGUUCGCUCAGGAUCACAUUGGUCCACAUCGCGAUUCCCUCUUGUAACAAUUCCAUUUCCAGACUAGCAUUUCUGCACUGGUUAAUACUGUACUUCGUUCUCAACUUUGACCAGUCUACAUAGACGCCCAGCCACGGACAGCAGCACAACUCUCUUUCAUGACCUCUAUGACACUUCAUGACACCCUCGCAUUCGACACAUGACCCAUUUCAUGCAUUUCCGUUCAUGUCCAAGGAGAAGAAUGAAUUCGUCAAAAGAGCCAAUGUGCCAUCUCGG